AUGUCUCUUACCCUCAGUUGGCUCAAGUUUCAUUGGUUACAGAGUGCAGAAAAAGCUGCUAAGUUUAUUUGGCCUCAUCUUAAGCGUAAUAAUAGUUGGCAACUAAUGGUUAGAGCUCUUGAUCCUAAUAUAUUUGCUAUUAGAUUUUACAGCACUGAAGAUAAAGAAGCAAUUUUGUUUGGUGGUGCUUGGAAUUUGGAUGAUUAUCUAAUAGUACUUAGAGAUUGCCAUCCUUCUUACCCUUAUCAACAGAUGAACUUCGACACCUCUCCUUUCUGGUUGGAAUUUAAAAAUCUUCUCCCUGAAUUCACUUACCCAGAAAUUUUAAGGCUUUUUGCUGAUAUUGUUGUGGAAACAAUUGUUGUUGAACCAGAUGGGGUGUUUCUCGCUGAGUGGGAUUUUUUUUUUGAGAAGCAGCCUUACAAACUCUGUCCAGCAUGCCGAGUACCAAAUCAUGAUUCUGAUAAGUGUAAUGAUCGACGGACUAGACGUAUCAAUACGGAGAGCGCCAUAAGGAAUCUUGGCCCUGCUGUUGAACAAAUAGUUUUGCCCGUUCGAAAUCCAGAAGAGCUUGCUAAUCUGUAUAUGCAACAUGGUCAUCAACGAAGAUCUAAUCUUAGAGAGCCAGUUUCUUUUGAGUCUGGGCCGCUUGAUGGUAUGCUUUUGUCCUACUUUACAACUAUCGAUUCGCAAUCGAACUCUUAUCUUGCACCAGCUGAUAGAGCAUUACCACAUCAGAAUUUAUACAUGCCUAUUUCAAGCACUGCUUCUAUCAACCGUACCUUUAUCCGUCGUAAAAGAUGUCGAAAUCUUAGUAAUGUGGUAGUUUCUGACGAUGAGUCUAACCAAGCUUCUAUGAGUCAGCCUAGAAAUGAAGAUAAUGCCAAUGUUAACUUUGAGCCAGCUACCUCAAACAUUGCUGCUACAAGACAUCUACUGAAUCGUACUAUCACUGAUGAUGGACAACAGAUGCAGACAAUGACAAUCUUCUUAGAGUUCUUUCAGCAGAAGAGAUCAAAGAUGUUGUAUUCCAGAUCAAGCCAUGGGCUUCUCCAGGAAAUGAUGGUUUUCAAGCAGGGUUUUAUCAACAUUGCUGGACUACUGUGGGUGCUGAGGUCGACAUAUUCAGAAUAAUAUCAUCAUGGCUCAUGAACUUGUCCAUACAAUGAAACAAAAAAGAAAAGCAGUGUAUUACUACUUCAAGUAUUUCACUUCUUAUUAAUGGAUGUCCUUCAACUUCUUUCACUCCUUCUCGUGGGAUGCGACAAGGUGACCCUUUGUCGCCUUACCUUUUUCUCUUUGUUAUGGAAGCUUUUUCAAGGAUCAUACAUUCUCAGAUUAUACAAGCUUCUGGCCAGGUUAUCAAUCUGCAGAAAUCGAUAAUUUUUCAGUAAAAAUGUCUCCCCUACUAAAAGAAGUCAGUUCUCAAACAUUCUUCAGAUGAAGGCAAUGGGACUUGGUGAAAAAUAUUUGGGCAUUCCACUUCAGAUGCAUCGCUCAAGAACCCAAAAUUGUAAACCUAUAGUGGAUCACAUGAAUACAAGACUUCAAGGAUGGAGUAGCAAGAUC